AUGUUAAGAUCGAUUCCUCCUAGAAUAUCAUCAAGAUCUUUGAUCCUUCCAUCUUCUUCUAUCAGAUCUUUUACAUCUUUAAGAUCUUUUAGAUGUUUCAAUACUUCACCUAACAAUAAAUCCACUUUAACUAAAGAUUAUUCCCAGCCAAUUGUACCCAAAGUUGAUAUCACCAAACCCAAAAAUGAUUAUUUAAAAGAUUAUAAGUUAUCGGAGUUAUUCUCCUAUUUCUGUAUUGGUUUAGUAACGUUAAAUAAACCAAUAUUGAAUUUAUGUAUCAAAAUCUUCCCAUUUGUACCCAUGCCAAUCAUUAAAGCUUUAGUUUAUAAGGUUUAUUGUGGUGGUGAAACCAUGAAAGAUUUAUUUAAAGUUAGUGAUAGAUUACAAUCAAGAGGUAUUAACAAUAUGAUGUUAAGUUUAACCAUUGAAGCUGCUGAAGGUAAUGAAGUAGUUGAUCCAGAAUAUAUCAUUGAAGAAACUAAUAAAUCCAUUAAUGAAUUCUUAAUUCCUAAUACUAUUGAAAAGAUAAAAAAUUCUCAAGAUAUCAAUUCCAUCCCUCCUAGUUAUGUGGCAUUAAAACCAACAGGAUUCUCCCAUAACGCGGCCAAAAUCUUAAGGGAUUAUCAAACUGAUAAAGAAUUUGAUGUUUUAGUGGAUAGGAUCUCAAAAAUUAUCAAAACUAUUAAUGACGCAAACAUAAGUUUACAAAAACAAUAUCCUCAACGUAUUGCCCCAAUUGUUGUUGGAGUUAUUGAUGCUGAAAAACAUGAUUUACAAAAUGGAGUUUAUGAAUUACAAAGACGAUUAUAUAAGCAAUUCAAUAAAGUAGAUCAACCAGUUUCUGUGGUUGGUACUUUACAAAUGUAUUUAGCUGAAUCAGGUAAAUUAUUGACUUUAGAAGAAAACUUAGCCAAAGAAGGUAAUUAUAGAUUAGGUUUAAAGUUAGUUAGAGGUGCAUAUAUUCAUUCUGAAGCCGAUAGAUCAGUUAUCCACAAAACCAAACAAGAUACUGAUGUUAAUUAUAAUCAAGGUAUUACUUAUUGUAUUGAUAAUAUCUUGAAACAAGAAAAAUCAGAAUCAACUGUUGGACAUUUGGUUAUAGCUUCUCAUAAUUCUGAAUCUUUGAAUUUAGCUACUGAUUUAAUCAAUAAUCAACAAUCCACUAAUAAGAAUAAUAUUGUUUUAGGUCAAUUAUUUGGUAUGGCUGAUAAUAUUACUUAUGACUUGAUUAAAGAUAAAAAUGUUAAAAAUGUCAUUAAAUAUGUUCCUUGGGGUCCACCAGUUGAGACCAAAGCUUAUUUAUUAAGAAGAUUAGAAGAAAAUGGUGAUGCGGUUAAGAAUGAUACAGGUUUAAAUUUAAUUAAAGAUGUCUUGACCACAGUGUGGAAGAGAAUUUUUUAG